AUGGCGGGGUUUGCGUCCUUUGUGUCGUAUCUUUCCAUCGUGGUAGGAUUCGGCAUCAGCAAUGUGGCAUCAUGCUUUCAGCUUCCAGCCCCAAAUGCCUUUCUUGGGCAUAACCUGUUACGUUCCCCGUCACCGGAUGGCAUCCAUCAUAUUCCAGCUACCACUUUGCGCGGGAGGCAUGCCCCUCUAAGUAUUAAUGAAAUUCAGAGAACCACUUCUGCGCGCCACGGAUCCCCGUCGACCCUGAUGGCACGCAAGGCGAAGAGGCUGAUUUUAGCCGAUGAGUGCCGUAAUCAACUUUUAGAGGGCAUAGAAGCUGUGGCUGGAGCUGUACGGGUCACCCUUGGACCUCGUGGCCGCAAUGUUUUGUUGGAGAAAGAGUACGGGCCUCCUAUGAUAGUGAAUGACGGCGUGACCAUUGCAAGAAAUAUAGAACUGAAGAGCCGAGCUCACAACGCGGGCGCUAAGUUGGUGCAGGAAGUUGCUUCCACGUCGGAUGAGUGGGCAGGAGAUGGCACGUCUUCAACUACUAUCCUCACGGCCGAGAUCGCGCGACAGGGUGUGGAUCACGUCAACCAGGGCCACAACCCUAUUCCACUACAGCGUGGCAUUCAACGAGCUGCGAAAGUCAUGAUGGAAGAGGUCAAACGCCUGGCUAAGCCUGUGGAGGGGAUGAACGACCUGCUAAAUAUUGCCACCGUGGCAACGAGCGGCAAUGUGGCUAUGGGUGAAGUGAUAGCAAAAUCAUUCGAUAAACUCGGUCGGCAUGCGGCUAUCGUGCUGGAGGACAAUCCGGCUCUUGAGGAUACGCUCGAAUUUACGGAAGGUUACACUUUUGAAAGAGGGUUCUCAUCUCCGUACUUCCUCGUCGGAGAGGACCGAGAUAUCAUCGAGUGGCAAAAUCCCUCCAUUCUUGUUUGCGACUACAAGAUAGAAACAGCCCAAAGUAUACUCCCCAUUCUGGAACACUUUGUGCGCACGAAAGCACCACUCGUGCUCAUUGCGGAGGACUUCGGCCCCGAAGUUUUACAGACAUGCAUUAUCAACCGGAUGCGACAGCUGCUUAAAGUGGUAACAAUACGUGCGCCAUCAUUUGGCGAAAGGCGCAAAGAGUAUUUACGAGAUAUUGCUGUCGCCACAAACGCCCAGCUGAUUUCCAGGGAUUUGGGAUUACCUCUGGAAGAUGCGACAGCCGCCCACGUCGGGAAUGCGGCGAGCAUUGUCGUGCGUAAAGAUCGUACAUCAAUCCUGACACGACCUGAAUAUCAACCAAGUAUAAAGGACAGGGUCGCGCAGCUACAGAAAGAGCUGGAAGUAUCCACAUCCAAGUUCGACCGGGAGAAGCUCGGUGAAAGAAUUGCGGCCCUCUCUGGGGGUAUUGCACGUAUUAUGAUUGGCGCGUCAACAGAAACCGAACAAAAGGAGAAGCGGCUUCGCUACGAGGACUCCAUAAACGCCGUCCGUGCGGCCCUUGAGACUGGCUACGUUCCAGGCGGGGGUGUUACCUAUCUUGCGCUUUCCACGGACGAAUUUUACCGCAAAAUUGUUGCGGAUAUCGAAGCCGCUGCUAAGGCGGAGAUGAUAUGCGACGGAGAGGAGCCCGUUGGAGCAGCAGCGGAAGUCGUUGAUGAGAUGGAAGGAGAACUGGAACUCCAGAAGGCUGGAGCCAAAAUUGUCGUCGACUCAAUGAAAUCUAUUACGAAGCAAAUAGCGGACAACGCCGGUGUAAAUGGGCAUAAGGUUGUCCAGGCGAUCCUGACGUCUGGGAAACCUUUUGGCUACGGCUGGAAUGCGAAGACCAAUAAAUUUGGAGAUAUGAUCAGCCAAGGUGUCAUUGAUCCUGCAAAAGUCAUUAUUUCUGCUAUAGAGCACUCCACUUCGGUUGCAGGUCUUGUUUUGACAACAGAAGGUAUGAUGGUUGAGGAGGAAGAGCCCGAAAAGAGUUCACAUGAUGGACCGGGCUUGCCGAUGGAAUGA